UAGGUAACAAUUUGUAUGGAUGGGCCAUGUCCGAGUACAUGCCGUAUGGUGGCUUCAAAUGGGUCGAGCCUACUCUCAAUAGAUUGGAAUGCUUAGAUGAAACAUCGGAGAUAGGACGAAUGUAUGAAGUCUAUAUCGAGUAUCCGCAGCACUUACAUGACGAUCAUAAUGAUCUACCAUUCUUGCCUAAUAAAAGUAUACCACGCGGGUCUAAAAUACCAAAACUCAUGGCAACACUCGAAUCUAGAGAACAUUACAUCGUGCACUAUCGUAAUUUGAAACAGGCGAUGGCAAAUGGGUUAAAAGUUAAAAAAGUGCAUAGGGUGCUACAGUUUAGACAGUCUCCUUGGUUAGCGAGUUACAUUAAUUUAAAUACCGAAAUGAGGAAGAAGGCCAAAAAUGAGUUUGAAAAAGAUUUUUACAAGCUGAUGAACAAUAGCGUAUUUGGAAAAACCAUGGAGAGUAUGAGGUCAAGGAUAAAGAUGGAGCUUGUCUCGAGCGAAAAUAGGUUACAGAAACUUAUAAAUCGGACGACAUUCAAAUACUGUACCGAUUUUGAAAAUAAAAUGAUAACAGCGGUAACAAUGGAGAAUAAAAUCAUAGAUUUCUAUAAGCCAAUUUAUAUCGGUUUUGCUGUGCUUGAGAUCUCUAAAACAUUAAUGUUUGAUUAUCAUUAUAACGUGAUGAAAAAACACUAUGGAGACAGAAUAAAACUUAUGUACACCGAUACAGAUUCACUGAUAUACCAUAUUCAGACGCGGGACUUUUAUUCUGAUUUGAAGAAUAAUCCGAUUUUACUCGACCGCUUGGAUACAUCAGACCUGCCGAGUCAUCAUCCUUGCUAUAUGACUGAGAGGAAAAAAGUACCUGGUUUCUUUUCAGAUGAGACAAAAGGUCGUACAAUGUUCGAGUUUGUUGCCCUGAGAGCGAAAUCGUAUGCCUUUAACAUCGAAGGUGGAGAUAAAAUUAAAGCUAAGGGGAUUCGAUCUCACGUAGUCAAACAUCACAUGACCCUAGAAGAUCAUAAAAAAUGUUUGUUUGGUGAAGCUGGAGUGGAGGCGUUCCGAGAGAACGUUUCGAUCCGAUCGUUCAACCACCAGCUUAGGACCAUAAGUCCAUAAAGUCAAAUAAGUUGACUUUUAACAGCUAUGACGAUAAAAGGGUGAUACUAGAAGAUAAAAUUCAUACCUUGGCUCACGGGCACUUUAGUUUAGAGAAAGAUGACGGGGAUGAAUGACCGGAACUUGACUUUGAGGUAAACGAAGAAGGGGGUGAAUGGAGUGAUCAAGAAAAAGAACUGAUGAGAAUGCUUAUAAAUUUAGCAUAGUAAUUUUAUUUUAAAACCUGUAUAUCCUUUGUAUUUAAUUAGCUACUGUAUAUAUAUAUAUAUUAGGGUGACAAUAAAAAAAAAAAAAAUUAUUUCUUACAGUCCCACCAGCUUAAAUUGUUUAUCCAUCUAAUAACAACGUUCAUAAAAAAUUUCAAGAAAAAAUUUCAAUUUUUAUUGGUUGCGCAACUUGUUUUAAAAAUAUAAUAGAUAUUUCAGUGUAUG